AUGUUCAUACUUUUCAAAGCCUUACUAAUGGCUUGCUUCUUCGUAUUUGCUUCGUGCCAGUCGACGCGCCAAAGUGGCUCCCGCAGUGGAAGCCGUAACACGGUCAGAAGUGACGUCGUCCAAGGGCGAACCUUAGGCCUAAUCAGACCAUUAAUCGGUGGUUUAGGAGCCAUUCGUCCAAUUGCCAGCGCUAUUGGCUUUGAUCCGAUUAGAUUGGGCGCCGCGGGUGGCGGUGCUUUACAGUCGGAUCCCAUUUACGGCGGCGGCUAUCCCGGCUACGGUGGUUAUGGCGGUUAUGGCGGCUACCCCUUCUAUGGAGGCUAUCCGGGUUUAUUUUCGGGUUAUGGUCCAUAUUUAUAUCGGCCACGUCCAUAUUAUCCCACAUAUGGUGGUUACAAUCCAUACGCUGGCUACCAACGUCCCAGCUAUGCCUCUAAUGGUGGCAGUAUAGUUAAUACCCCAAGUGCAUCCACGUCGUCCAGCACAAAUGCAGGUGGAUUAGGAUCCUUACUAAGCGGCAGCACUGGUGGAGGUUCAUCGGCUUCACAGGCACAACUAGCCAAUCAGUUGGGCCAGGCAUUGGGUUCCAGUUUACGUCCAUUACUGUCAGGUGGGGGUGCUAGUGGCGCAGGCGGAGCAGGAGCAGCUGGCGGUCUGGCUAGUAUACUGGGGCUUUUAGGUUAG